AUGGGGAGGUAUCCAUGUUGCAAUUAUGAUGAUAGUGAUUUAAAGAAAGGGCCAUGGACAAAAGAUGAAGAUGAGAAAUUAAUUGAAUAUACAUACAAAAAUGGCCAUAAUAAUUGGAGAUUAGUUCCAAAAAAUGCAGGAUUAAAAAGAUGUGGAAAGAGUUGUAGAUUAAGGUGGAAUAAUUAUCUUAAGCCUGGUAUUAAGAGAGGUGGAUUUACAAAAGAAGAAGAACAAAUCAUCAUUAAUCUCCAUUCUUCUUUUGGAAAUAAAAUUGAUGGUAUUGAAUGCUCACUUCCCAAUGAUUAUCCUUCUAUUUCAAGUUCCUCGAAAGUUCAUUCAGAGACCUUCAAUAAAAUUGAAACGAUACAGAGUAGAUCAGCAUGGCUCAUGUGCAACGAUGAGAAGCACAAAUCCAGAAAUGGUCCAAAUUCUUUAGAAUUUUGUCAAGCUAAUGAAUCGAAUUCAAGUGCAAAUCAAGUUGAAGGACUUAAUAUUGCAUGGUCUUCUAGAAUUGACAGUAUUGAAUGCUCGCUUCCCAAUGAUUAUCCUUCUAUUUCAAAUUCCUCGAAAGUCCAUCCGGAGACAUUUGAUAAAAUUGAAACGAUACAGAGUAGAUCAGUAUGGCUCCUAUGCAAUGCUGACAAGCACAAAUCGAGAAAUGAUCCAAAUUCGUCAAAAGGAAUUCAAGCUAAUGAGUUGAAUUCAAAUCAUGUUGAAGGACUUGUUCCCUCUACUUCAAAAAGUUCCAAUUUAAACAAAAAUUGCAUUCCCAAAUUCUCAGAAUUAGAUGAUAUUGAUGCAUGGGAAAUACCUCAAGAUGAUGAAGCCAUAAGUUUCUUUUGGAAUACUAUUUUUCAAUGA